GUGCCCUCAGAAGUCUGCCUGAAGUUCUUACCCCGACACUCUGAUGAUGGAGCGAUCUACCCGGGAGCUGUUUCUCAACUUCACUGUUGUCCUGAUUACAGUUCUCCUCAUCUGGCUCCUUGUGAGGUCCUAUCAGUACUAGAGGCCAUGCCAUACUCCUGGGAUUGACUGAGAUGCUCUGGGGCUGUCUGCUGUAUGCCCUGAGAUCUCACUGCUGUGGCUGUCAUGGGAUGCUGUUCUUAGCAUGCCCAGGCCCCUUUGACCUGCACUCACAAUGCCUGAUGUGCCCCAGCACUAGGAUUGAUUGUGUGUUCUCUAAAGAUGCUGCUCUCACUGGUUGCCAAGUGUUUGCCAGUGAGUGUUAGAUUUUUUUCCCCAGCCCUUACUGCAAAUGUGUUAGACAAGCCACAAGGUUAAAAUUAAACUGAAUUCAUGAUGAUGCAGAAUUAUAACAAGCCCCUGAUUUGUCUCACCACACAUCCCUCCAACCCACACUGUCUGUAACCAAACCCUAAUUCAACUCCCCAAAGAAAUGUUAGAGGAAGUCUUUGUCAGACUCUCUAGCUCUCAUGUGAAUAAAACUAAGUCAACCAUAAAAA